AUGACCAUCCUCGCGGAACAUGAAACGCAAGAGCUCCAGCGCAAGAUCGAGCGCUUGAGCAACGCCCUCGCAACCCCUAAACAAGGCCUGGAGUGGGAGCAGCAGUUCCGCAUUGACACUGACCUUCAAGGCAUCAAGUCACUGCUCUCUCAGAAGCGCUCAAGCCUGUCGUACUCCCACCUCCCCGACUGGCAGCAGAACGAAGUGCUCGCGGCGCUUACGCAAGUCGAGACUUCCUCCUACGUCUUCUCCAUCGUCAAGGGAUCCGUCGAAAAGGUCUUGAAGUCCACCAUGGACGAGAUCUGGAAGGGAAGAAUCUUCAACGGCCCCUCUGGUGCUGCUCUGCAGGCCGCUGUCGACUGGAUCGACAAGAAGGACAUUCUCAACGCUGUGUAUCAGAGAGCUAGCCUCGAGGCACUCGACUCCGAAGAAGCCAUCAAGAAGCACAUCGUCGCAGCCUUUGCCGGACUGGUCCAGAGAGAACUCGUCAAGUCGGUUGACAACAUGCCCGGAUACUAA